AUGUCAUACUAUCCAGGCGGACCAGGCUCAAAUCAGUCGUCCUACCCCGGUGGACCCCAGUCGUCCUACCCUGGCGGCCCUCAAUCAUCAUACCCCGUUGGCCAACAGUCUUCGUAUCCUGGCGACCCCCUCUCUUCCUCCUCUUCAUCAGGUGGAUACCAGUCAUCCUAUCCUGGCGGUCCACAAUCCUCAUAUCCUGGUAGCGGAACCUAUCAGACCCCACAGUCUUUGUACGGCGGCGCACCAGACUCCAACUCCAACUACGGCCCUCCUCCUAACGCUUCCCAUCCCUCAUACUCGAGCGCACCGGACCACAACAACUAUGGCUCUCAAUCGUCGUACGGUUCUCCCUCAUCCUCCUCUUACACUCCCCACCAGCAGCACCAAGGUCAGCAGCACCUCGGUCAGCAGGGUCCUGUGCAGUACGACGCAAACGGAAACCCCAUUGACGGCGAGCGCGGUAUCGGCACCAUGGCUGCUGGUGCCGCCGCCGGUUGGGCAGGAAACAAGAUGACCGGUGGACACAUGGGUGGCUUCUCAUCAAUGGCAUCCGGAGCCAUCUUAGCGCAGGUUGGUAAGACCGUGUUUGAGAAGCUCGAUAAGAACAAGCACGGCCAUCAAGGUGGAUACGCUGGCAAUCCUUAUGGUUCUCAUGGCCAUAAUGGCGGUAAGCCUGGUGGAUUUGGUGGGUUCUUCAAGUGA